UGUCUUUUGUUCAGCGAACCAUAAUCUUUGAGGGGUUUAACAAGGGUUACCAGUCUCCUCCACCAUUUCCUCUGAAGAAGACGAAGGAGACAAAUCUUCUUCCUCUAUCAAAAUCCCCCCGAUUAAUUCAUCUCCAUAACUGAAUCUCCCUCUCAAUUUCAUAUUCCUCAAUCAUUCUAGUCACAUCAAUUUUCCAGCGCACAAAUAAAAAAUGCGUCGAAGCUUCUCUAUCAUAACCCCAACAAAAUGGCUCAAACCCUCCUCUCCUUAUAACACCACUCUCACUCCCAAAACCUUACCCCUCCUCCGCUCCCUCUCCUACUUCUCCCGCCACCACCCCCAACCCCCGCCAGAUCCAGACGACCCAACAAACCUCCUCAAAGAAGACGGCGUCUCCCUCUGCUCCCACAUGUGGCUCGAAAACUUCAAAAACCCCCACAAAACCUCCACAAACCUCACCUCCCACCUCCGCCGCUUCGAGCUCUGGGUCCUCGCCUACCAAAAAGUCUCCUGCGACGAGCUCGGCGCCUACGUCCCCCGCUCCUCCAUCCAACGCUCCGCCCUCGAGAACCUCCUCUCCCUCCGUAACUCCGUCCUCGACGACCGCUUCAAAUGGGGCGCCCGCCUCGACUUCUACAUCAAAUCCCCCAGAGACAAAACCGACUACGAGUCUCUAUCCAAGCGCAAGAUCAAAGCCAUCUUAACCACCACGCAACCCACUCCGUUCCAGGACAGGAUCGUUCAAGAAGUGUUGCUGAUGAUUCUUGAACCGGUUUACGAGUCCCGGUUCUCGCAGAAGUCUUUCGCGUUUAGACCCGGGAGGACGGCGCAUACGGUUUUGAGAGUUAUUAGGAGGAACUUCGCGGGGUAUUUAUGGUAUUUGAAAGGGGAUUUAAGUGUGGUUUUGGAUGGGAUGAAAGUUGGGUUUGUUGUUAGUUCGUUGAUGAGAGAUGUUAGGGAUAAGAAAGUCAUUGACUUGAUUAAGUCCGCUUUGGUUACUCCCGUUGUAACCACUAGUAAAGUGGAAGGAGAUGAUAAGAAGAAGACUAAGAAGAGAAAGUAUCAGAAGAAGCGUGUGUUAGCUGAUGAUGAGCCUAAGCCUGACCCUUACUGGUUAGAGACUUUCUUCGGUUUCGCUCCUGAAGAAGCUAACAAGUCUCCUCAGUGGGGACACUGUGGGAUUCUUAGUCCUCUUUUAGUUAAUGUAGUUCUCGACGAGCUUGAUCGGUACAUGGAGGGAAAAGUUAAAGAUUUUUACCGUCCUUCUAAGAGUGAUGUUAUAUGGAAUACACCUGAAGGAGAUGGUGGUGGUGGUGAUCAGGGCAACACUUCGUGGCCUGAGUUUGUGCCCACGAGUGGUCCUGACAAGACGAGGAAGAUGGAUUACGUUAGGUACGGUGGUCAUAUACUGAUAGGUGUGCGUGGACCGAGAGCUGAUGCUGCGACGUUGAGGAAGGAGUUGAUUGAGUUUGUUGAUCAGAAGUAUAUGCUUAGGUUGGAUAAUGAGAAUCUACCUAUUGAGCAUAUCACUAAAGGUAUUAUGUUUCUUGAUCAUGUUUUGUGUCGUCGUGUUGUGUAUCCGACCUUGAGGUAUACUGCGACUGGAGGGAAGAUUAUAAGUGAGAAAGGCGUUGGGACGCUUUUGUCUGUUACAGCGAGUUUGAAACAGUGUAUCAAACAGUUUAGGAAACUUAACUUUAUUAAAGGAGACCGUGAUCCUGAUCCUCAGCCGUGUUUCAGAAUGUUCCACGCUACUCAAGCUCAUACCAAUGCACAGAUGAAUAAGUUUUUGACCACAGUUGCUGAGUGGUACCGGUUUGCGGAUAACCGGAAGAAGAUUGUGAACUUCUGUUCUUACAUUGUCCGUGGGUCUCUUGCUAAGCUUUAUGCUGCGAAGUAUAAGCUUAGAUCACGAGCCAAAGUGUAUAAAGGAGCUUCUAGGAAUCUGAGCCGUCCUUUGAAGGAGAAGAAAGGUUUGUCUCCUGAGUAUAACAAUCUCUUGAGGAUGGGUCUUGCUGAGUCUAUUGAUGGGCUUGUUUACACAAGAAUGUCUCUUGUUCCUGAGACUGAUUACUCGCCUUUUCCGGCUAACUGGAGGCCGGAGCACGAGAAGUUUCUGAUGGAGUACUUAGCGCUCGAUGAGCCAAAGACUUUGGAAGAGCAGAAGAGGUUUAUUAGAGAGAAUGGUCUAGUUUCUCCUCAGGACUACACGUCUAUGUUGGUGUGGAACUAUAAGAGAAAUGCUAUUCCUAUGGAUCAGGUUUCGAUUCUUAAGGAUCAACCUUUCUUGUUGGGAUCAUCAAGUAACUACAACCGUGACAAUGACAAUGACAAUGACAAUGAUGAUGAUGAUAGUGAUGAUGAUGAUGAUCUGAAGAAUAAUGAUGAAGAUAAUGACGAUGGGCUUCACAUUGCACGCAUAUAGCUCACUGUUCAAGACCUUUAGAAGGCUAUAGAGGGUACGAGCAUUGUUUCAACGGUGAGCUCGCUGAUUACUAAUCUUUAAAGUUUCGCAGAAUCUCGUUGCAUUCAGUGCAGAACUCAUAACGAAGGUGGCGGUUUUGUAAUCACGCACUUUAAUACUUAUCACAGCUUCCUUCAAGGUGACAGUAUUGUCUUUAUAAAUCAUGGCGCAGUCGUCGAAUAGCAUUCCAAGCACAUUGUCUUCCCCGUAGUUCUUCUCCUUGAGAAUCUUGUCAGCUUUUUCUCUCAAUCUCCUUGACCUGGCCCCAGCGUUUAUCAUCGAGGCCGUGGCUAACUCACCCAUACUUUGUGCGGUUUUGCUCCGGUGGUGCCCUUCUAGAGACUUGACGCAGAAAUCGAGUUUGAGGUCACGGUUUUUAGCUACAGCUUUCUUGCAAGAGUUUUGAAUGAGAGUUUGUGUGUUUGCUGUGAUUAUGUUUAUGAGGAGAAAGAACGUAAAAAGGUUAAGCAAUAAUUUCAUUUUUCUUAGGAGAGAAGCUGAGGAAUGUAAUGAGAAGAAUCGAUUGUUGAAGAAAGUUUUGUGAUCCAGUUGAGUUUAUAUAAUUAAUGAAACUACG